AUGACAGAAUCAGUUGAAAACAGCACUGGUGUCAGCUCAACCCAACGUACUGAUGUGACUACACCCUCUGGAUCAACAACUGAUAUUCCGUCUUCUGAGGUUUUCCCAAAUGUUACCCUUGUAAAACGCACAACAAUAAGGGAAUCAGUUGAAUCUACCAGCACUGUCACAUCAGCCCAUCAUACUGAUGUGACUACACCCUCUGAACCAACAACUGACCUUACAUCUACUGAGGCUGUCUCAAAUGCUACCCUUGUAGAACCAACAAUGACAGAAUCAGUUGAAACUAGCACUGGUGUCAGCUCAACUCAGCAUACUGAUUUGACUACACCCUCUAAAUCAACAACUGAAUUCAUAUCAACUAAGGGUGUUUCUAAAGUUACCAUUGUAGAAACAUCAACAAUAACUGGAUCAGUUGAAACUAGCACUACUGUCAUCUCAAGCCCACAUACUGAUGUGAGCACACCAUAUGAAUCAACAGUUGAUUUUACAUCUUCCAAAGCCGUUCCAAAAGUUACCUCUAGUGAAGCCACAAUGACAAACCCAGUUGAAACUAGCACUGCUGUCAGCUCAAGCCCACUCAUGGAUUUGACUACACCCUCUGGACCAACAACUGAAAUUACAUCUACUGACACUGUCUCAAAAGUUACCUCUGUCAAACCAACAAUGGCUGGAUCAUUGGAAACUAGUACUGGUGUGACUACACCCUCCGGAUCAAUAACUCAUCUAACAUCCACUGAGGCAGUCCAAAAACUUACCCCUGAUGAAGCAACAACAGGAUCAGUUGAAACUGGCACUGGUGUCAGCUCAACUCAACGUACUGAUGUGACUGCACCCUCCGUAUCAAUAACUCAUCUUACAUCCACUGAGGCAGUCCAAAAACUUACCCCUGAUGAAGCAGCAACAGGAUCAGUUGAAACUGGCACUGGUGUCAACUCAACCCAACAUACUGAUGUGACUACACCCUCUGGAUUAACAACUGAAUUUACAUCAACUAAGGUUGUCUCUAAAGUUACCAUUGUAGAACCAUCAACCAUAGCUGGAUUAGUUGAAACUAGCACUACUUUCGGCUCAAGUCCACAUACUGUUGUGAGCACACCAUAUGAAUCAACAACUGAUCUUACACCUUCUGAGGCUGUCUCAAAUGUUACCCUUGUAAAACGCACAACAAUGAGGGAAUCAGUUGAAUCCACCAUUGGUGUCACAUCAGCCCAUCAUACUGAUGUGACUACACACUCUGAACCAACAACUGAUCUUACACCUUCUGAGGCUGUCUCAAAUGUCACCCUUCUAGAACUAACAACAAAGUCAGAAUCAGUUGAAACUAGCACUGGUGUCAGCUCAACCCAACAUACUGAUGUGACUACAUCCUCUGGAUCAACAACUGAUCUUCCAUCUUCUGAGGCUUUCUCAAAUAUUACACUUGUAGAACGCACAACAAUAAGAGAAUCAGUUGAAUCUACCACCGGUGUCACAUCAGCCCAUCAUACUGAUGUGACUACACCCCCUGAACCAACAGCUGAUCUUACAUCUACUGAGGCUGUCUCAAAUGUUACCCUUGUAAAACCAACAACAAUGACAGAAUCAGUUGAAACUAGCACUGGUAUCAGCUCAACCCUGCAUACUUAUUUGACUACACCCUCUGGAUCAACAACUGAAUUUACAUCAACUAAGGGUGCCUCUAAAGUUACCAUUGUAGAAACAUCAUCAAUAACUGGAUCAGUUGAAACUAGCACUAGUGUCAGCUCAAGUCCACAUACUGAUGUGAUCACUCCAUAUGAAUCAACAACUGAGUUUGCCUCUACUGAAGCCAUCUCAAAAGUUACUUCUGUCAAACCAACGAUGACUGGCACUGGUGUCAGCUCAACACAGCAUACUAAUGUGACUACACCCUCGGGGUCAACAGUUGAUUUUACAUCUUCCGAAGCUGUCUCAAAAGUUUCCUAUAUUGAAGGAACAAGGACAGAAUCAGUUGAAACUAGCACUGGUGUCAGCUCAAGCCCACUUACGGAUUUGACUACACCCUCUUCGUCAACAUCUGAGUCUUUUUUAAAACUUAGUUCUGUGAAACCUUUCACAAUAACAGCGCCAAUAAACAUUAGCUCCAGUGUGACCUCAAUCCAGCAUACUGAUAUGACUACAACAUUUGAGGUUACACCUACAGAGUCAGCCUUGAACCUUACUUCAGGAGGACCAACCACAUCUAUUGAAACUGUCAGUAAUAUGACACCAACCAAAGGUACAGAAGAAUCAUCUCUUCAACCAAUUGCAUCAACUGGCAGAAUAGUUCAAAACACCACCAGCAUUGAUACUACAAUGAAACCAGCAAGUAAAUUAACAGCAGUGAUAAGAAGCACUGGUACACCUCCAACACAGUUCCCUGAAGUGUCUAUGACACAUAGUUCAACUGCUUCAAUUACUUCACAUGAAGCCACCACUAAAACACAAACAGUUGAAUCAGGCACUGAUACUAUAUUGGAACCAGUCAGUAUAAUAACAGCAGAGGAGAGAAGUACCGGUACACCUCUAACACAAUCCCCUGAGGUGACUAUGACUUACAGUUCAACUACUGGAAUUACUUCACCAGAUGUUACCACUAAGGCAAAAACAGAGGAACCAGGCACUGAUGCUACAUUCGAACCAGUCAGCACAACAACAGCAGAGGAGAGGAGCAAGGGUACAACUCCAACACAACCCCCUGGUGUGACUAUGAUAUACAGUUCAGCUAUUGGGAUUACUUCACCUGAGACUAACACUAAGGCAAAAACAGAAGAACCAGGCACUGAAACAACUUUGGAGCCAGUCAGCACAAUAAGAGCAGAAGAGAAAAGCACGAUCAUACGACCAAGUCUAUCUGAUUUGACUAUGACAUUCAGUUCAAAUACUGGUAUUACUUCACCUGAAGUUACUACUAAAGCAAAAACCGUAGAACCAGGCACUGAUACUACAUUGCAACCAGCCAGCACAAUGAUAGCAGACAAGAGAAGCACUGGUACACCUCCAACACAAUCCGUUGGUGUGACUGUGACACCUGAUGUUACUACUGAGACAAAAACAGUUGAACCAGGCACUGACACCACACUGGAACCAGUCAGUACAAUGACAGCAGAGGAGAGAAGCACUGGUACACCUCCAACACAAUCCCCUGAUGUGACUUUGACACACAGUACAGCUACUGGAAUUUCUUCGCCUGAAGUUACUACUAUGGGAAAAACAGCGGAACCAGGCACUGGCACUACAUUGCAACCAGCCAGUACAAUAACAGCAGAGGAGAGAAGCACGGGUACAACUCCAACACAACCCCUUGGUGUGACUAUGACGUACAGUUCAACUACUGGAAUUUCGUUGCCUGAAGUUACCACUAAGGCAAAAACAGUCGAACCAGGCACUGAUACAACAUUGGAACCAGUGAGCACAAUAACAGCAGAGGAGAGAAGCACGGGUACAACUCCAACACAACCCCUUGGUGUGACUAUGACGUACAGUUCAACUACUGGAAUUUCGUUGCCUGAAGUUACCACUAUAGCUAAAACAGUCGAACCAGGCACUGAUACAACAUUGGAACCAGUCAGUACAAUGACAGCAGAGGAGAGAAGCACGGGUUCACCUCCAACACAAUCCCCUGGUGUGACUGUGACACCUGAUGUUACCACUGAGGUAAAAACAGAGGAACCAGGCACUGAUACUACAUUGGAACCAGUCAGUACAAUUACAGCAUAUGAGAGAAGCACUGGUAUACCUCCAACACAAUCCGUUAGUGUUACUAUGAUAAACAGUUCAACUACUGGAAUUACUUCAGCUGAAGUUACCACUAAGGCAAAAACAGUUGAACCAGGCACUGAUACAACAUUGGAACCAGCCAGUACAAUGACAGCAGAGAGAAGCACAGGUUCACCUCCAACACAAUCCCCUGGUGUGACUGUGACACCUGAUGUUACCACUAAGGUAAAAACAGAAGAACUAGGCACUGAAACUACUUUGGAACCAGUCAGUGCAAUAACAGAAGAGGAGAGAAGCAUUGGUACAACUCCAACACAACCUCCUGGCAUGACUAUGACAUACAGUUCAACUACAGGAAUUACUUCAUCUGAAGUUACCACUAAGUCAAAAACAGUCGAACCAGACACUGGUACUACUUUGGAACCAGUUAGUACAAUAACAGCAGAGGCGAGAAGCACAGGUACACCUCCAACACAACCCCCUGGUGUGACUAUGACAUACAGUUCAACUACUGGAAUUACGUUGCCUGAAGUUACCACUAAGACAAAAACAGUUGAACCAGGUACUGAUGCAACAUUGGAACCAGUCAGUACAAUGCCAUCAGAGGAGAGAAGCACUGGUACACCUCCAACGCUAUCCUCUGGUGUGACUGUUACACCUGAAGUUACCACUAAGACAAAACGAGAGGAGCCAGGCACUGAUACUACAUUGGAACCAGUCACUACAAUAAAAGCACAGGAAAGAAGCGCUGGUACAACUCCAACACAAUCCUCUGGUGUGACUAUGACAUACAGUUCAACUACUGGAAUUACUUCAGCUGAAGUUACCACUAAGGCAAAAACAGUAGAAGCAGGCAUUGAUACUACAUUGGAACCAACCAGUACAAUGACGGCAGAGGAGAGAAGCACUGGUUCACCUCCAACACAAUCCCCUAGUGUGACUGUGACACCUGACGUUACAACUAAAACGAAAACAAAGGAACCAGGCACUGAUACUACAUUGGAACCAGCUAGUACAAUGACAGCAGAGGAGAGAAGCACUGGUUCACCUCCAACACAAUCCCCUGGUGUGACUGUGACACCUGAAGUUACCACUAAGACAAAAACAGAGGAACCAGGCAUUGACACUACAUUGGUACCAGUGAGUACAAUAACAGCUAAGGGGAGAAGCACGGGUACAACUCCAACACAACCCCCUCGUGUGACUAUGGCAUACGGUUCAACUUCUGAAAUUUCUUCGCCUGAAGUUACUACUAAAGCAAAAACAGAGGAACCAGGCACUGGAACUACAUUGGAACCACCCAGUACAAUGAUAGUAGAAGAGAAAAGCACUGGUGCACCUCCAACACAAUCCCCUGGUGUGACUAUGACAUACAGUUCAACUACUGGAAUUACUUCACCUGAAGUUACCACUAAGGCAAAAACAGUAGAACCAGACACUGAUACCACAUUGGAACCAGCCAGUACAAUGACAUCAGAGGAGAGAAGCAAUGGUUUACCUCCAACACAAUCACCUGAGGCGACUAUGACAUACAGUUCAACUUUUGGAACUACUUCACCUGAAGUUACCACUAAAGCAAAAACAGAGAAACCUGGCACUGAUAUUACAUUGGUACCAGUGAGUACAAUAACAGCAGAGGAGAGAAGCACUGGUACUCCUCCAACACAACCCCCUGGUGUGACUGUGACAUACAGUUCAACUUCUGAAAUUUCUUCGCCUGAAGUUACUACUAAAGCAAAAACAGAGGAACCAGGCACUGGAACUACAUUGGAACCACCCAGUACAAUGAUAGUAGAGGAGAAAAGCACUGUGAGUACAAUAACAGCUAAGGGGAGAAGCACGGGUACAACUCCAACACAACCCCCUGGUGUGACUAUGACAUACAGUUCAACUUCUGAAAUUUCUUCGCCUGAAGUUACUACUAAAGCAAAAACAGAGGAACCAGGCACUGGAACUACAUUGGAACCACCCAGUACAAUGAUAGUAGAGGAGAAAAGCACUGGUGCACCUCCAACACAAUCCCCUGGUGUGACUGUGACACCUGAAGUUACAACUAAGACAAAAACAGAGGAACCAGGCACUGAUACUACAUUGGAAGCAGUCAGUACUGGUACACCGCCAACACAAUUCCCUGGUGUUACUAUGACGUACAGUUCAACUACUGGUAUUAUUUUACCUGAAGUUACCACAAAGGCAAAAACAGUUGAACCAGGCACUGAUACUACAUUACAACCAGCGAGUACUGGUACAACUCCAACACAAUCCCCUGGUGUGACUAUGACAUACAGUUCAACUACUGGAAUUACUUCAGCUGAAGUUACCACUCAGAGAAGAGAAGCACUGUUGUACCACCAACACUAUCCCUGGUGUGACUUUUACACUGAAGUCACUACUAAGACAAAAACAGUAGAACCAGGCACUGAUACUACAUUGGAACCACUCAGUACAAUAACAGCAGAGAAGGGAAGUACGGGUACAACUCCAACACAACCCCCUGGCAUGACUAUGACACACAGUUCAACUUCUGAAAUUACUUCAGCUGAAGUUACCACUAAGGCAAAAACAGUAGAACCAAGCACUGAUACUACAUUGGAACCAGCUAGUACAAUGACAGCAGAGGAGAGAAGCACUGGUUCACCUCCAACACAAUCCCCUGGUGUGACUGUUACACCUGAAGGCACUACUAAGACAAAAACAGAGGAACCAGGCACUGAUACUACAUUAGAACCAGUCAGUACAAUAACAACAGAGAAGAGAAGCACUGUUGUACCACCAACACUAUCCCCUGGUGUGACUUUUACACCUGAAGUCACUACUAAGACAAAAACAGAGGAACCAGGCACUGAUACUACAUUAGAACCAGUCAGUACAAUAACAGCAGAGAAGAGAAGCACGGGUACAACUCCAACACAACCCCCUGGCAUGACUAUGACAUACAGUCCAACUUCUGAAAUUUCUUCGCUUGAAUUAACCACUAAGGCAAAAACAGAGGAACCAGGCACUGACACUACAUUGAAACCAGCCAGUACAAUGACAUCAGAGGAAAGAAGCACUGGUACACCUCCAACACAAUCCGUUGGUGCGUCUGUGACACCUGAAGUUACCACUAAGGCAAAAACAGUAGAACCAGGCACUGAUACUACAUUGGAACCAGCCAGUACAAUGACAGCAGAGAGAAGCACUGGUGCACCUCUAACACAAUCCGCUGGUGCGUCUGUGACACCUGAAGUUACCACUAAGGCAAAAACAGUAGAACCAGACACUGAUACUACAUUGGAACCAGCCAGUACAAUGACAUCAGAGGAGAGAAGCAAUGGUAUACCUCCAACACAAUCCCCUGAGGCGACUAUGACUUACAGUUCAACUUCUGGAACUACUUCACCUGAAGUUACCACUAAAGCAAAAACAGAGAAACCUGGCACUGAUACUACAUUGGUACCAGUGAGUAAAAUAACAGCAGAGGAGAGAAGCACUGGUACUCCUCCAACACAACCCCCUGGUGUGACUGUGACAUACAGUUCAACUACUGGAAUUUCUUUGCCUGAAGUUACUACUAAAGCAAAAACAGAGGAACCAGGCACUGGCACUACAUUGGAACCAGUCAGUACAAUGAUAGUAGAGGAAAGAAGCACGGGUGUACCACCAACACUAUCCCCUGGUGUGACUGUUACACCUGAAGGCACUACUAAGACAAAAACAGAGGAACCAGGCACUGAUACUACAUUAGAACCAGUCAGUACAAUAACAGCAGAGAAGAGAAGUACGGGUACAACUCCAACACAACCCCCUGGCAUGACUAUGACACACAGUUCAACUUCUGAAAUUACUUCAGCUGAAGUUACCACUAAGGCAAAAACAGAGGAACCAGGCACUGAUACUACAUUGGAACCAGUGAGUACAAUGACAACAGAGACGAGAAGCACUGGUGUACCACCAACACUAUCCCCUGGUGUGACUGUUACACCUGAAGUCACUACUAAGACAAAAACAGAGGAACCAGGCACUGAUACUACAUUAGCACCAGUCAGUACAAUAACAGCAGAGAAGAGAAGCAUGGGUACAACUCCAACACAACCCCCUGGCAUGACUAUGACAUACAGUCCAACUUCUGAAAUUUCUUCGCCUGAAUUAACCACUAAGGCAAAAACAGAGGAACCAGGCACUGACACUACAUUGAAACCAGCCAGUACAAUGACAUCAGAGGAAAGAAGCACUGGUACAACUCCAACACAAUCCCCUGGUGUGACUAUGACAUACGGUUCAACUACUGGAAUUCCUUCGCCUGAAGUAACCACUAGGGCAAAAACAGAGGAACCAGGCACUGACACUACAUUGAAACCAGCCAGUACAAUGACAUCAGAGGAGAGAAGCGCUGGUACACCUCCGACACAAUCCCCUGGUGUGACUGUGACAUCUGAAGUUACCACUAAGCCAAAAACAGAGGAACCAGGCACUGACACUACAUUGAAACCAGCCAGUACAAUGACAUCAGAGGAGAGAAGCGCUGGUACACCUCCGACACAAUCCCCUGGUGUGACUGUGACAUCUGAAGUUACCACUAAGACAAAAACAGAGGAACCAGGCACUGACACUACAUUGAAACCAGCCAGUACAAUGACAUCAGAGGAAAGAAGCACGGGUACAACUCCAACACAACCCCCUGGCAUGACUAUGACAUACAGUCCAACUUCUGAAAUUUCUUCGCCUGAAUUAACCACUAAGACAAAAACAGAGGAACCAGACACUGAUACUACAUUUGUACCAGUAAUUACAAUAACAGCUAAGGGGAGAAGCACGGGUACAACUCCAACGCAACCCCCUGGUGUGACUAUGACAUACAAUUCAACUACUGGAAUUUCGUUGCCUGAAGUUAACACUAAGACUAAAACAGUCGAACCAGGCACUGAUACAACAUUGGAACUGGCCAGUACAAUGACACCAGAGGAGAGAAGCGCUGGUACACAUCCGACACAAUCCCCUGAUGUGACUGUGACACCUGAAGUUACCACUAAGACAAAAACAGAGGAACCAGACACUGAUACUACAUUGGUACCAGUGAGUACAAUAACAGCUAAGGGGAGAAGCACGGGUAAAACUACAACACAACCCCCUGGUGUGUCUAUGACAUACAGUUCAACUACUGGAAUUUCGUUGCCUGAAGUUACCACUAAGGCUAAAACAGUCGAACCAGGCACUGAUACAACAUUGGAAGCAAUCACUACAAUAAAAUCAGAGGAGAUUAACACUGCUACAUCUCUAACACAAUCUGUUGGUGUGACUGUGACCCCUGAUGUUAACACUAAGGCAAAAACAGAGGAACCAGGCACUGAUACUACAUUGGAAGCAAUCACUACAAUAAAAGCAGAGGAUAUUAACACUGCUAUAUCUCUAACACAAUCUGUUGGUGUGACUGUGACCCCUGAUGUUACCACUAAGGCAAAAACAGAGGAACCAGGCACUGAUACUACAUUGGAACCAGCCAGUACAAUGGCAGAAGAUAUGAGAAGCACGGGCACAACUGUAACACAACCUCCUGGUGUGACUAUGACAUACAAUUCAACUACUGGAAUUACUUCACCCGAAGUUACCAUUAAUACAAAAACAGUUGAACCAGGCACUGGUACUACAUUGGGACCAGCCAGUACUAUGACAGCAGAGGACAGAAGCACUGGUACAACUCCAACACAGCCCCCUGGUGUGACUAUGACAUACAGUUCAACUACUGGGAUUACUUCACCUGAAGUUACCACUAAGGCAAAAACAGUUGAACGAGGCACUGAUACUACAUUACAACAAGCGAGUACUGCUACCCCUCCAACACAAUUCCCUGGUGUGACUAUGACAUACAGUUCAACUACAGGAAUUUCUUCACCUAAAGUUACCACUAAGGUAAAAACAGUAGAACCAGGCACUGAUACUACAUUGGAACCAGCCAGUACAAUGAUAGUAGAGGAGAGAAGCACUGUUGCACCACCAACACUAUCCCCUGGUGUGACUGUGACACCUGAGGUUACCACUAAGGCGAAAACAGAGGAACCAGGCACUGAUACUACAUUGGAACCAGCCAGUACAAUCGCAGAAGAGAAGAGAAGCACGGGUACAACUCCAACACAACCUCCUGGUGUGACUAUGACAUACAGUUCAACUACUGGAAUUUCUUCACCCGAAGUUACCAUUAAGGCAAAAACAGUUGAACCAGGCACUGAUACUACAUUGGGACUAGCCAGUACAAUGACAGCUGAAGUCAGAAGCACUGGUACAAUUCCAACACAGCCCCCUGGUGUGACUAUUACAUACAGUUCAACUACUGGUAUUAUUUUACCUGAAGUUACUACUAAUGCAAAAACAGUCGAACCAGGCACUGAUACAACAUUGGAACCAGCCAGUACAAUGACACCAGAGGAGAGAAGCGCUGGUACACCUGUAAUCUCUGAAGUUACCACUAAGACAAAAACAGUCGAACCAGGCACUGAUACUACAUUGGAACCAGCCAGUACAAUGGCAGCUAAGGGGAGAAGCACGGGUACAACUCCAACACAACCCCCUGGUCUGACUAUGACAUACAGUUCAACUACUGGAAUUACUUCACCUGAAGUUACCACUAAGGCAAAAACAGUUGAACCAGGCACUGAUACAACAUUGGAACCAGCCAGUACAAUGACACCAGAGGAGAGAAGCGCUGGUACACCUGUGAUCUCUGAAGUUACCACUAAGACAAAAACAGAGGAACUAGGCACUAAUACUACAUUGGUACCAGUGAGAACAAUAACAGCUAAGGAGAGGAGCACAGGUACAACUCCAACCCAACCCCCUGGUGUGACUAUGACAUACAGUUCAACUACUGGAAUUUCGUUGCCUGAAGUUACCACUAAGGCUAAAACAGUCGAAACAGGCACUGAUUCAACAUUGGAACCAGCCAGUACAAUGACACCAGAGGAGAGAAGCACUGGUACACCGCCGACACAAUCCCCUGGUGUGACUGUGACACCUGAAGUUACCACUAAGACAAAAACAGAGAAACCAGGCACUGAUACUACAUUGGUACCAGUGAGUACAAUAACAGCUAAGGGGAGAAGCACGGGUACAACUCCAACACAACCCCCUGGUGUGACUAUGACAUACAGUUCAACUACUGGAAUUUCUUCACACGAAGUUACCAUUAUGGCAAGAACAGUUGAACCAGGCACUGAUACUACAUUGGGACCAGCCAGUACAAUGACUGCAGAAGUCAUAAGCACUGGUACAACUCCAACACAGCCCCCUGGUGUGACUAUGACAUACAGUUCAACUGCUGGGAUUACUUCACCUGAAGUUACCAGUAAGGCGAAAACAGUUGAACCAGGCACUGAUACUACAUUGGAACCAGUCAGUUCUGGUACACCGCCAACACAAUUCCCUGGUGUUACUAUGACAUACAGUUCAACUACUGGUAUUAUUUUACCUGAAGUUACCACUAAGGCAAAAACAGUUGAACCAGGCACUGAUACUACAUUGGGACCAGCCAGUACAAUGACUGCAGAAGUCAUAAGCACUGGUAUAACUCCAACACAGCCCCCUGGUGUGACUAUGACAUACAGUUCAACUACUAGAACUACUUCAUCUGAAGUUACCACUAAGGCAAAAACAGUCGAACCAGGCACUGAUACUACAUUGGAACCAGCCAGUACAAUGGCAGCAGAGAAGAGAAGCUCUGAUACACCUUCAACACAAUCCCCUGGUCUGACUAUGACAUACAGUUCAACUACUGGAAUUACUUCACCUGAAGUUACCACUAAGGCAAAAACAGUUGAACCAGGCACUGAUACUACAUUGGAACCAGUCAGUACUGGUACACCGCCAACACAAUUCCCUGGUGUGACUAUGACAUACAGUUCAACUACUAGAACUACUUCAACUGAAGUUACCACUAAGCAAAGACAGUCGAACCAGGCACUCAAACUACAUUGGAACCAGUCAGUACUAUGA